GCUGUUAUUCCGUGUUCAGACAAGGAAGGAGCAACAUGCAGAGCAAAGAAAGAGAUAAACCAAAAGUACUAGACAUUGAGUACUACUUCGAUCUUAAUAUAAGAGUAAUGUCAUUGAUUGGUUUGAGGUGCGAUGGGCCAAAAAUCACGGGCUUCGUUCAUAGAAUACCUACAUACACCUCGAAUACAAUCGCAAUACUAAUUUUGAUAUUCGAAAUUUGUUUGAUGUCAGAUCCGGUAUGUUCAAGUAAUAUGGAACUUACGAUACAAACCGCUAGUCAAACUGUUUCCAAUAUUCAAUGUGUUAGUAAGGGCUUUCUAUUUGUUAAUGCAAUUGAAAAGUUGCAAGUCGUAUACAACGAAUUACAAGUAUUAUCCCAAAAGUAUCCUCUAGAAGAUGAAAUACAAGUUUUAGUAUUUGAUAUAGCCGAAAAAACGAUGAAUUUUUGCAAAUAUUAUGCGAUUGCUAUCUGCAGUUGUAUUUUAUUCUACUAUACACCGAUAGUUGUAAACGUCAUAGUGUAUAUUUUACAAGAUCCAUCGACCAACCAUACGUUUGACUUCACGCAGACAUUAUUUUAUUUAAAAUAUCCUUUUACGAUUAAAACCUUUCCGAUUUAUUCAACAAUAGUAUCUAUCGAAGCAGUGAAUCUUAUAGCACAAGGUAUUUUCUGGUUUCUCGGUGACACUCUCUUCGCCCAAGUGACAACUCAUAUUUGCAUACAGUUUAAGAUAUUAAAGCACGACAUUCAGAAAACAUUUAAUGACGAAGGUUCAAAAAGUAAAGAAAUUUUAAUCGGGUUGAUAAAAAGACAUCGGCAACUUAUAAGCAUGUGUAUGCUGACAGAAGACAUUUUUAGUCCUGUGAUCUUUUCUGUCAUGAUUUUAUCAUCUACAAAUCUAUGUGUUAACAUUAUUGGCGCUAGCACGGCUAUUAAUGAUGGGGAUUAUAUGAAUGCAGGAGUCUAUGCAACCAUACUGUUAAUAACCGUUUUUCAGAUCUUCUUUUACUGUAUUUUCGCAGAAAAAACGACAGAAGAGACGAGAUCUUUAGCUGAUACAGUCUAUCACUUGAACUGGGCAAUGAAGGACCACCAUAUUCGACUUCACAUAUUGCUUAUAAUUAUGCGGGCUCAAAAACCAUUUUACUGCACGGCGUACGGAUUUUUUCCGAUUGGACAUCAAAAACUUACUUCGAUUUUAAGUACAGCGUACUCAUAUUAUAUGAUGUUGCGGACGACAGCUAAUGUAUAGUAGGUCAAGUUGCAUUGUCUGGUGUCAGAUGGUUUGAUAAAUUGUUUAUCCAUGCUAUCAACAAUUUUUUUAAUGAUGAAAAUAAAGAAACCAAUUAUUUAA